ACGACGAUUUUCGGAUGAUCGCAUCACAGUCGUCCUCGUCGAAGUUCGGAUAGUUUGAUGUUUAAUCCCCGAAACCUUGCACGUUGAAAGUUGGUCUUAUCAUUUAUUGGUAACGUGUAUUUUAAUGGAGUGUAAUAAUAAAUUAAGUAAUUUUAGUGAAAAUGACGUCCACAUUGUUGUGUACCGAUAUACAUCCAAUACUAACAGAAUAUGUUAUUAAGCUACUUGCCAAGAACCGGAUCCGCACAAUUUACGACUUUUCCAAAUCGGAAGAUGAUCGUUUAAUGCGGAUCACCAACUUGUCGUACGAAGAUGUCGGUGUUAUCAAGAAAGAUAUAAUUUCAAGGUUUUCCGGAAACAGCAUUCAGGUAGUGGAAUAUUUCCGAUAUCUCGAAGAAUUGGUUGAACCGCUCAAAACGGGCAUUAGAGGACUUGAUUUACUCCUGGAGGGCGGAUUGUUGCCUGGUCAUGUGAUGGAGAUUUUCGGUGAUUCAGCCUCUGGUAAGACACAAAUUUGUACAACAAUAUCGGCAAAUAUUGCCCAUAAACAAAAACUGGAUGUCUUCUACGUUGACACUAAAUGCGACUUUUCUGCACAAAGAGUUCACCGGAUCGUGGAACUAAACAAGUGCUCCUUGCAAGAGAUUCACGAAGCCAUGGCUAGGAUAAAGGUUGAACGUAUAUUUUCCCCAGAAAACUUGAUACGUCUGAUAGAAGACCUUCUCGCCCGGGUGGAUGAAUUAGAAAAUUUCAAAGUGCUAAUAAUAGAUUCAUUACCUCCGUUAUGGUAUCAAUACCAGAACACCAAGAGCAGAUGCCACCCUUUCGGAAUGCUGACCCAGUUGAUUGGUCUGCUGCGGAAGUUGGCUUCGGAAAAUUUAAUAUCGGUAGUGCUGGUGAAUCUUAAAAUAACUAGUUCGGACUCGUUUGCCGCCGGCGUCGGAUCGACGAGAAAAUCGACAAAUCCCCACAAGGAUGUCAAUGAAUAUCCGGCGCUGGGUCGCUUCUGGGAAGCAACUCCUACGACGAGAAUCCUGGUGAGUAAAAUUGAGGGAAACGAGACUGGACAUGAGCGGAUGCUGACGAUUUGGAAGUGCAGCUAUUUCCGAUCAGGCGAUCGACAGGUUGUGGUGUUGAGCGAUAAAGGUGUUGUGUAGGGAUUUGAAUUGUAGAAACUAUAAUUUUAUGGAAAAGGAUAGUCUGAGUGGUCUAACAUAGACCGUAACAGGUAAGCUAAUUACCCAAAAACGUACCUACGUAUACGAAUCGCUAAUAAGCAGCCAGGUUGACGCAUUUAUUUCAGCCGCAUAUUUUUUUAGGAGGUUUGCAUAUGUUUGAAAUGAGAAUAUAAAAAAUAAAUGACGAGUUGGAAUAGGUUUUCCAUAAUUGAAC